CUCUUGGCGGAGGAAGCCGGUGUUGUUGACACUUCGACACAAACGACAAUGGCGACCGAAGUGAGGCAGGAGCUGGCACAGCUGAUGAAUUCAAGUGGAUCUCACAAAGAUCUCGCUGCCAAAUAUCGACAAAUUUUGGAGAAGGCCAUUCAGUUUACAGAUGCAGAUCAACUGGAGUCCUUGAAGGCCUUUGUUGAAGCAAUGGUCAAUGAAAAUGUCAGCCUUGUCAUCUCGAGACAGCUGCUCACUGAUUUCUGCACACAUCUGCCCAACCUACCUGACGCCACAGCUAAAGCGGUUUAUCACUUCACUUUGGAGAAGAUUCAGCCGAGAGUCAUCUCCUUUGAGGAACAGGUAGCCUCAAUCAGACAGCACUUAGCAACCAUUUAUGAAAAAGAGGGAGACUGGAGAAACGCUGCCCAGGUUUUAGUUGGCAUUCCCCUGGAAACAGGACAGAAACAAUAUAACGUUGACUAUAAGUUGGAUACAUACCUGAAAAUUGCCCGACUCUACUUAGAAGAUGAUGACCCUGUCCAGGCAGAGGCCUACAUCAACAGAGCCUCAUUGCUUCAGAAUGAGUCCUCCAACGAACAGCUGCAGAUACACUAUAAGGUGUGCUAUGCCAGAGUCCUAGACUUCAGGAGGAAGUUCAUUGAAGCUGCACAAAGAUACAACGAGCUAUCCUAUAAGUCAAUUGUCCAUGAAAGUGAACGCCUGGAGGCACUGAAACAUGCCCUGAACUGCACCAUACUGGCCUCUGCAGGACAACAGCGGUCCCGUAUGCUGGCCACUCUCUUUAAGGAUGAGCGCUGUCAGCAGCUGGCUGCUUAUGGCAUUCUGGAGAAGAUGUACCUGGACCGCAUCAUCCGAGGAAACCAGCUGCAGGAGUUUGCUGCCAUGUUGAUGCCUCACCAGAAAGCCACCACAGCGGACGGCUCCAGCAUCCUUGACAGAGCAGUGAUUGAACACAACCUCCUCUCUGCUAGUAAACUGUACAACAACAUCACUUUUGAAGAACUAGGAGCAUUGUUGGAAAUCCCUCCAGCAAAGGCUGAAAAGAUUGCUUCCCAGAUGAUCACUGAAGGACGCAUGAAUGGCUUCAUCGACCAGAUAGACGGCAUCGUACACUUUGAAACCCGUGAACCCCUUCCCACCUGGGACAAACAGAUCCAAUCUUUAUGUUUCCAAGUCAACAACCUCCUAGAGAAGAUCCGUCAGGCUGCUCCAGAGUGGGCCGCACAGGCUAUGGAAGCCCAGAUGACCCAGUAAACAUCUUCACCCUUCCCAGCCAAAAAAAUGCCGCAAAACUGCUCCACUUAGCUCACCCUGAAGUUUUGUCUUCCUGCUUAGAAAAACAUCACCACUGCAGUCUCAGUAAUGGAAGCGACCAAGGAGCACCCUCUGGUAUCACCACCACUCAUCUGAGACGUUUCUCUUUUGGCUACAUUUUUUUAAAGAGCCCAGUUUAAUUACUUUUGCUCAUUGUUUGCCAAUAUUUCCACUCUGUGUUUGGCAUAUAUAUAAUCACCAGACUGUGCUGUAAAUGUACCUUUAGGUGUGACUUUACAUUGUUUACAUGCUGAAAAUCUGGACAUGGUUACUCAGAUAGUUGACGUAUAAUUGGGUCAAAAAGAAGACGCAUACCACUGGUAUAUUUAAACUUUUUGUGCUCCAGCACGUUCUCCUGUUUUUAACUUAAUAACAGCAAUAUCUGUCAAAUGGUUCUUGAUUCAUUGCGUCAUGUAAGCCUGUCGGCCCACACUUCAGCCAAGAAAAUUAAAUUUAAAGCUGAGAGAAACUGUU